CUUUCAGAAAGAUUCCGAUCGUCGUUGGACACUGGUUGGUUGUGCCCGUUUGUUCGUGAGUGUAACUGCCGCGCGUUUGCUUCAUUUCGGUGCGUAAACACGGAAUGCUACAGUCUGCUCCUUCAAGUGCAUGACAUUGAUGCUACAUCUUUCAGCCUCAGCAAACGUGCCCUGUUUGCGCGGGGCUUGGGGCAGUGCAGUAGUGCAUCCGAUUGAUGUGUGUGUGCCUACGUGUUAAACAUGUCUGGUCUGUAGUAGGAAGCAGCGGACGUGCGAGUGCAGCAGUGUUGCAACGGCAGUUAAAAACAUCCGUGUGUAAAAGUGCAAUUAACAGCGACCAGGCUAGGAAAGGAGUACCCUGCCUGUCCAAACUCCUCUCCUCAAUCCCGCGUGGCUCUCGAUCACUAGUGUUUUUGUGCUUUUGGUUUGAUUCAUCUGCUUAGUGUAUGUGCGCGCGCGUUUGCCUGGUGUGCCUUUCCUCCCGUUCCAUUCGAAAGAGGGAAGAGGAGGCAGGCUGCUAGUGGGACGGUGUGCCUUCGAUGAUGCCCGCUGGGGAAAGAAACGAAACAAACGAAAAAAAAAAAAAAUAGCGAGUAAUAGAGUCAUUCGCCAAGUAGUAGGUCUGUUGCGCGUGGUAUCUUAGGCCACAUCGGCCGGCAGUGUUUAGUGUCCGGCCAUGCCCCAACACUUUGGGCUCGGAGGGUGAAGGCAAGGCAAAGCGUCAAGUUCAUCGUGUAGUGCAAAGGCAGUAUAUAGUGCAAGUCCGGGAUAGUGUUGGAGCGCUAAGGUGAAAAGUUGCUGUUAGGGCAUGCAAAUCGUUAUAUACCCAAAGAAACAAACACGUGUACUACUCGGGAAAUCUGGUGCACCAGCAGAGUGUGUGUUGCAUUUGCUCGACUAAACAGCAGAGCGCGGAGCGUUGUGUAGUGCACAAUUUCACCUAAAUAGCUCAUUAGCCACCCCAUCCGAGGGCUGUAAAGGGAAGUCGUGUUUAACGAGAUGCAUGUGGUGAGGCACGUGUUGUGUUGUUAAUUCUGGCCUUGCGCUGUAUAUUGAAUCAUGCGAAGUGUGGUUAUACUGUGUAUGAUGCACCAGUGCUGAGCGAUGGCGUUUUAAGGUGAUAACGAAGGUUGCUACAAUUCCCCGCUCACAAAAAGGGAGGAAACAAGCAGAACAACAUGGUGACGACGAUUAAAAUUACCGGCGACGGUGUGUUCAUCCAGUCGAACGGUGGCGUUGGGACUGGCGGUGCAGGAGGCAGCGCGAGACUGCAGCAACAGGAACGGCAAGAGCUGCUGACGGGUGAGAACACCCUUGGAAGCACCGCGCUCGGAGAGGCCAAUUUGCCAUCUGCCGAGGGUACGGUGCGCAACGGAUCGCUGGACCUGGUGGACAGUGGUACCGGUGGCAAUGAUACAAACAACAAUCACAAGGGCUAUCGUAACUUCAACCACCGCCGGUACCAGUCGGACGAGGGACCCGGUUUCAUCGGGAUGCGCAAUGGCAAGCCGCCGGAGCGGGCCGACGGCGCGUCCCCAGGGUCGUCCGAGGUGGUAUCGGGCGAAAGUGAUGACACGCUCGGCGAGCCUGAUCCGAGUCGUAAGCGGGACAAGUUUACGAUUUCAUUCCUAAACACGCACCGCUCGAGCGGCGGUGGGCUGCUGCCGAACGGCGGUGGCAAGAGCAUGCUCAACCACAAGUUCAUCGUGUACAACAGCAAGAAGCCAAAGACAUCGUCGGUGCUGCACCAGCAGUACUACCAGCAGAGCAUUGCCGCCGCCUCUGCCAAUGGGGAACUUGGCAGCAGUGGGAGCGGUUCACCGCCCCUGCCCUACCCAAGCCACUACCAGCAGUACCUGUACAAUCGGCUGCGUCCGUCCUUGUCGACCUCGGUGCUAAGCUCACCGUCACUGAUCACGGCUGCUGCGAUCCCGAGUUGUUCGCCUCCGGAUCGAGAUCGCUUGGAGCAGCAGCAGCAGCAUCAGCUCUAUCAGAACAGUCUCUUCCAUCAGCAACACCGUUCGCUCCUGGGUACGCCACCGGCUGCCGUACCUGGUUGGGCCAAGUCCACUUCCUGUCUGGUGUCGAGCAGUGCGGCCGCUGCUUCCUCCUACAGAACCGUCACCGCAUCGCCGCUACUAUUACUUCCCGCGCAACCAGCCCGAAGUGCACCGCAGCCGUACCCGUCCGCUGGUGGUACCGCGCCACGCCCUGUACCGGCCUCUUCCUCCAACUCGUCACUGUCCUCCUCGCCGUCAUCUUUCUCAGCUGGUUCGCCGCCAUCGUCCGGUGCUAAUUCAUCGUCAAACACUCCUCCACCGCCCGUGGUGCCGAGUGAGGUGACCGCGACAUCUGCUAAUGCAGUCACGGCGUCCUCGACAACGACCUGCAGUUCCCCAACGACGCCAACGACAACGUCACCCGACGCGUCGAACUCACCAACACCGGUACCACCGCCGGGUACGGUAGCGCCAUCUACACCAACGCACCCAUCGUCGCCUUCUUCUUCGACAUCAAAUCUUGAUGUCGAUGUGAGCGGUGUACCACGGUUCGAUCGCAGCACCAAACCAGCAUCUUCUGUCAUCGGCAGCGACCAGUACCAGAAGCGGUUUCACCAUCAACAGCAGCAGCCACAGCAGCGAUCUUUCGAUCUUCCACACUCGGAGUCAGUGUGUGACCACCGGCAGCAGGAAGAGGCAGAGGACAGUUCGCUAGUUGCGCGCCGCAACUCCACCGGAAGCAGCGUGGCGCUGAACGGAAUGAACAGUCACACGGCGGCGAUCAACCUGCAGCAUCCGGGCACGGGACAGACGGCUGUGGUGGGCCACCAUCGGGGCUUCUCGUCGACGGUCGUAGCAGCCGCGAAUUCGGCCGCCGCUUCCGCCUCCGCCACCGACUGUCCAUGGUUUUUGCCGCACCAGAUGCCUCCACCACCGACGGCUCCGGCCCGCCAGCACAAGCGGCCCGCACCGCAACCCGGCGGUGCCAAUGUCGUCGGCGGCGGAGGAGGUGGAGGAGGGGGCGGUCCCGGCAGUCACAUGCAGCCGCCGCAGUUUAUUAGCCCACCUCCAGCACCGCAGCAACAGCAGCAGCAGCAGCAGCAGCAGCACCAACAGCAACAUAGUCAGCAGUCAGCAAUAGUGCCGCCACCACAAUUACCUCCACACAGUGUUAACCCGAGUCUCAGUUCCAUCCAUCAUCCGGUGCAGCAGCUGGUUGCGCCACAGUCAGCACAGCAGCAGCCCCAUCAGCCGCCGAUACCGCCGCAUCCCGCGGUACAACACCACAUACCAAAAUCACCGAACCAGCAUCAUCCACCUCAGCCGGCGUCAGCGGUGCUACAGCACAACCCUCAGGCAGCGUCAGCAGUCGGUGGCGGCGUGCUGACCAACAACAGCCACCACACCACGGGCCCACCGUCCACCGGCGCAGGGGGACCACCAGUAGCGCCUGUGACCGGCAGUGCCGCCGCCAAUAUGAUGUCAACAUCCAUGAACAGUGCGCAGCUACAGGGACACAUACUGCAGCCGGUCGGAGGGCUCACCGGUUCGGCACUUUCCAUCCACCAGCAGCAGCAGCAGCAGCAGCAACAGUCAGCAAUGGUGCAAGGAAACCAGCCGGUGCAUCACAUGUCCAACUCGCUGCACGGUCCAAUCGGUUUACCAACGGUCGUAGUACCGCCUGCCGGGCACGACGGUAGCAAUGGAGUGGGCGGUCCGGCUCCCGGCUGGAACUGCGUGCCGGUCGGACUUUCCUCACCAACGACCUCGGCAGCCGCUGCCGCCCAACGGAGAGCGGAAGUGAACGCGAAACUCAACGCUAUGCCCUGGUUCCAUGGACGAAUAAAGCGGGAAGAGGCAGAAUCGUUGCUGAAACCUCGAGAAGAUGGAUUGUUUUUGGUGCGCGAGUCCACCAACUUCCCGGGCGACUACACGCUGUGCGUAUGCUUUAACGAGAAGGUUGAACACUAUCGCAUCAAAUACGUGGACAACAAGCUCACCAUCGAUGACGACGAAUACUUCGAUCAUCUCGGACAGCUGGUGGAGCAUUACACGCUCGACUCGGACGGUUUGUGCACAAAGCUGAUGAAAGCUCUGCCCAAGGAAGAAUUCUGCGUAAAGGACUUCCAGGACAAUGGCUGGGAGAUCAAGAUGGAGGAUCUGCAGCUGAAGGAAAACAUCGGCAAGGGUGAAUUCGGGGACGUAAUGCUGGGCAUAAUGAAGGGCGAGAAGGUCGCAGUGAAGGUGCUGAAGGAUGCUGGCCGCGCGUCAAACAAAUUCCUUGCCGAAGCUGGCGUAAUGACUACAUUGGAGCAUGAAAAUCUCGUCAAGUUUAUUGGUCUUGUAUUUCACGACAAGUACAUCUAUCUCGUAACGGAGUACAUGAGCAAAGGAUCGCUGGUCGACUAUCUGCGGUCACGUGGUCGGCAACACAUAAGCCGGAAGGAUCAGAUCAACUUUGCCUACGACACCUGCUGCGGCAUGGAGUAUUUAGAGACCAAAAAAGUGAUCCAUCGAGAUCUGGCUGCCCGCAACGUGCUCAUUUCCGAGGAUUGUGUCGCGAAGGUGUCCGAUUUUGGAUUGGCGCGCGACGAGCGUUAUACUGGUGAUAGCAGCAAGCUUCCGAUUAAGUGGACGGCUCCGGAAGCGUUAAAGGAAGGCAAAUUCUCCAACAAAACGGACAUGUGGAGUUUUGGAAUUCUACUAUGGGAAAUCUAUUCAUUUGGCCGCGUACCAUACCCGAGAAUUCCAUUGGCCGAUGUGGUGAAACACGUUGGCAGUGGUUACAAAAUGGAAGCCCCCGAAGGUUGCCCACCGGAGAUCUAUGAAAUGAUGCGUCAAGCGUGGGAUCUGGUGCCCGAAAAGCGUCCAACCUUUGCCGAGCUGAAGCGGCGGCUGUACAACUGUAAGCGUGAAACGGCCAACACGUACGUGACGUAGAGCGUGUGGCCCGAUGCAGCGAUCCAGCUGGGAUGAAAGAAAAAAACUUAACGCGCAAAGGACGAAGACAAAGAGUCAUCGGUAUAACCGAAGAAAGGAAGGAAAAGGGCAUCCGUAAAGAUAAGAAUGAAUCUAAUUGUAAAAAAGCAGACAAACAAAAGCUAAUAGAAGAUUUCUUUCACAUCAUCUUGAGAGAAUUGUGCGCGCGAUUGGAAGAUGUCACGUGUGCAUUGUCCAUCGUCUGUGCAAACGAUGAGUUUUGUGUGUGCCAAUCUUGGCUUUGGUGUAGAAGCUGGAAGAAUAUUUCAGCUUAUGCACGGUUAGUGUUAACACUUUCCUCAGUGGAAUGCAUUUUUCUUCCAUGGUGUGUGGUACUGCAUGAGAAUGUAGCGUUCGAAACACAAACGGCGUGUACCUAGCGUACGUGUUGCGGUCCUAACGCAGCUUGGCAUGCGCUUUAAUCCUUUAAUGGAACAAUUGAAAUGGUGAUGUUUUGAAGCACAUCGCUAUGCUGUGUCCUAUUUUGCCGGUUCUGUGUCGUGCUGUGUCCGCGCUGUGCGUGUGUGUGUUGUCCGUGGUAUAGGCUGCUGCAUACCAAGGUUCAGAGAGCUGCAUCGAUAUUUAUUAGUUGUGAUUUUAAUGUUUACUACCCUCCAAAACUCCUCAUAAGAGCGACGGUAACUGUUCUUUUAAAGAAUGAAAAUGAAGGUAUGGGGGAAAGACGCAGUAUCAAUGAUAAAAUGUGUCGAUUUGGGCGACUGUGCGUACGUGCAGUGCAGGGGACAGCAAACAAUAAUUUAUCGAUAUGAUAUUCAUAUUUGUAAUUUAUUUUCAUCCAUAACUGUACUUGAUUGUACCAACUAAUACUGCAAACGCGCGUACGUUUGAUCAUUGAUUCUGCGUUCCUUUGGUAUGCGGACACUUUACACCACUCUCCUCCCGGGAGCAGAUACUCCAGACAACUGAUCCCCGUAAAGAGUUGUAAAUCACAAUUACACGCGUAAAGUACGACCAGUUAUGGUGUUUUUUUUUAAAUCACAACACACAGGCACAAAACGGAACGAGAUAUCCUGCUACGAGUUAAAUGAUAUAAAUCAAUUGCAAGCAUUGUGGCGGGGCAGUUGUGUAGGGAAUGUCAAGUAAAAAACAAAAAAACAAACAAAUGUAACGCUUUACACUUUAUGAAUUCCUAACGCUAGAGUAUUUAAAUCAGAAAAACAAGCAGCAAACAAAAACAAAAUCAAUCCUCAAAACAAGGUUAAACAAGGUCGGAAUGUGUAAAAAAAUGGUUCGUUAAAUUAUAAAUCGUUUUGUUUUUAUUAUUACACUUAUUACUAUUACUAUUAUUAUUAUGUUGCAAAUCUAUUCCAUUAUAUUCUAUGACUGAGCAUCAUUUGUGGACAAGCGGAAAGCGGAUCGUGUGCUUGUGUGAGUCACUGGGGUUUUAAGUAAGGAAUGUACUACCUUGUGUUUGUUAACUUACGUUAAUGGUUGCGUGUAAAGCAGUUUUUUUUAAACAGUGAAUCUUAAGUACUUUAAUUGGCCCGCCUAGCAGUGUCCAAACAAAAAAAAACAAUGGAUGGGAAACCAAUUGUUUUGUCUUUAUUUUAAUUCUAGUUGACGAUUCGUUCAAAUCGUUUGGUUGACUAAUGUUUUAAUCCGGCCUGCAUAAAUAAUUUUAGAUAGUAAGAAAGGAACACAAACAAGCCAACUGCGAUUGGGCGCGGUUACCACGGCAUACACUCCGAUCAGAACAUGUACUCACGGGAAGGCACCCACGUGGUAGUCGAUUUUUUGUUUGCAUAUUCCUCCUCCAUUGAUUUGUGGUGUGUUUGUGUGUGUGUGUUGGUUUCUGGUCUAGUGAUGUAUACGUCCUGCAUUUUAUUUAUGAAAGAAGAAGGGUUAGCUUUUAGUGCAACAAGCCACAUUUUCUACAAUUCUGUACCAUUACUCUCCCCAACGCGUGUAUUGUUUGGAAAUGAUGCGCAUGAUAAGUUGUCGUCUUUUUAAUUAUUGUACAUAAUUCCCUGGGCUUGCAAACAAAAAUAGCAAGAACGGCGGUCCGUGAACUGGGGCGGUUAGAAUGUAAAUGCAAAAGUAGUUAAAGUGCGAACGCAAAGCAAGUCAUUGAAUGUGGAGUAACUGUUUGGCCACGUGCAAAUUCCCCGUUCGGGGUCCAAAUACGCGCAAAAGUUUUGAUUGAAAUGUCAAAGACUAGAAAAAAAACAAAAAAGCAUGCGCCCCCACCACAACUAUCAUCCUAUUGUAGCCUUGUUACCAUUCCAAGUGAAACGACGUCUCGAAAGCCAACGUAGCGCAGACAUGAAGCUUUAAGCAAAACGAACCGCAUUCAGAAAGUCAACCGGAGGGGGAGGCUGUUGUAAUAGACGAUAUCUUCCUGUUUUGAUUCACAGCAAAGCAUAAUUCAACAAAGUCCAAAUUUAAAUAACGUUGGUUCAGCUAUUGGAGCGGAAAAUUACCUGCUACUGGAAAAAACGCCAAAAUAUCAAUACACAUACACUAGCCAGAGAAGGAAAGGCAACAUUCAUUCGGUCGUUCGAUCAGUUUCGAUCAGCAUACGAGAAAAUGGGGUCUCGAUUUCAUGGAAACUGGUUUUUAUCCACCGACUAGCAUAACGAAUAUAAAAUAUAACAGAACUCUAUAGUCGAUGAACACAAAUAGUCUACCGAGCAAAAAGCCAUUUAAGCAAAAUAGAAGUCCAGCUUGCGCAAGCGGUAGAGCAACGGUGCGCGCAUGCAACGAAUAUCAAAUAGGAAUGAUCAAAUUAGCAACACAGCGUAAACGAGACCAUGUCAACCAUUAUCAAAGUAAACCAUAUUGUAUCGAAUACAACCACUCAUAAACAAAACCCGAUAGUUCAAAUUGCAACAUAAACAUCAUGCAUGGUAUAAUAGCUAGUAGCCGAGCAAGUAAUAAUACUACCAAAUUGAAGAAAUUGCAUAGUAAAGCUUCAUCUCUGUAACACAUUAUUCAGCAAACACGGAAGCGCAAAUGCAGCACAAAUCGGCUGAUGGUUUUUACUAAUUUUCGGCUUUAAGGAUUACUUUGGAAAUCAAUGAGUAUAACAAAAAAGAAAUCCAUGCACAAAUAAGCAAAACAGAAUGACACAAAAUGAGCUAAAGGUACGGGUGCAUGAUCGCCUCCAUCACCACCACUACGUUCUCGCUUUUCAACAACUUUCGUAUUAGUUAAGUAGUGCAGUGAAAAUAGGGCAACCUUGAAACCAUAAUUACCUUACGACAGGAAGUAGACAUGGAUCCGACACCGAAUAUGCAGGCUAGAGUGAAAAUAAACGAUGGUAAGGCGCGCGAGAUUGUGAGAAGAAAGGAUGAGUAUGAGGGCAACCAUUUAUGUACGAAGGGCUGGUGUCCAUGUGUGUGAGAGUGUGUGUGUGUAUGUGUGUAUGUUUAUGAUAGAAAGUAUGAGGUAUUGGAAGAGGAAGAGUACUAGGAAAGCGACACAAUCAAUGGUUGUUGGCUAAUGCUGUCUCAACAACUGAAUCAAUCCGAAAAAUGAUAAAAAAGUAAGCGAAGAAAGGAAAACAAAAUGGGUUAUUAUUAUAAUUAGCGAGGGCUGGAAACAGAGGGAAUUAAAAUUAAAAUCUAUUCCGAGAAGAGAAGGUGACUGUAUUCGGUAAAAAAGCGCAAUGCGAGAAGAAUGCAAAAAUAAAACCAACAAUACAUUGGAAAUUAUUCAAGUAAACAUAAUAAACCAGCAAAAAUCCUUACUAUUUCAA